AUAAUUUUCAUCGGUCUCCGUUGGCCUCCAAUGGAGUGUCAGGUUCCAUGCCUUUGUAGCCAGUCAUUUCGAAACAAUCUUCAAAGAGAACGAAACGCUUUUGUGGAGCUGCGCAGAUCGGAAUCUUAACCAUGGCAAGAGGAUGGAAAGGAAGUCAGUUCGACUUCAAGAAGCUAUGCGAUUCCUUUGUCGAGAUUUGUCCCGACUUUGGAAUAAUGUCAGACUCCCAAAAUUUAGAAAGCUUGGACUUUGCCAAUCGUGUAAUUUUCGAGCUGGGACCCGAGAUGCGGCAACUGAAACAGAGCGGAAAGGAUAAGAUGUGGUGCUUGAACUUCCAUGGAGGCGGCAGUGUCUAUGUUUACACCUAUACGUUCCAGAAACCCAUCAACGGACAGCCACGUCUCGGAGGCGGAAAACUCUAUCUGACUCUGAAACAAGCAGGUCUUCUGGCUGUCCAAAAGAUAUGUGAUGUUCUCCCAACUCACCUGAAUCCACGCGAAAAGAUUCUGUUGACACCACUCGCCAGAUCUGUUUUUGAUCCCCCAAAUGUACCCCAGAUUGCAGCUGAAUUGUCUGGCCUUCUCAGGCGCGAGGUCGAUCCUGCUGAGGUGGUGCGGGCUGUGAUCUGUAGCUGCCAGAGCGAUGGCUUCCACCUGGAGCACAGCCAGACUCACAUUGCCGUGGUGGCUGUCGGUGUCACCACACGAGAUUUCGCUCAACGAAAAAAGCAACGCCGUAAAACCAUUAAACAGUACGGGAAACAUGGAAAAGUCUUUAACCUCCACCUGUAUAGGAUUUAUGCCAAGUAUUCGAAAAUGACCGAUCAAAUCGCUGAUGAGGAACCUUCACCCGAUCCCGAACCCGAACCUCCCAAAACCCCGAAACCAGGCAACAACUCCAGUGUUAAAGCAGUUUUACGUUCCAUUGUCAAAUCUCGCGACGAUCCGCUGAGUGGUGGGACCAUCGAUAUGAAAUUCGUAGCCCCACCCAAUCGGGAGAUUCGAGAACAGGUGGAGGCCAUGCCAACGGCAGUGAAUAUCCGGCUGAAUGGAACAAAGUUGCAGACCAUAAAGGCCAUCCAGAUGCCUCAAAAAAUCAAACUACAGAAACAAAGUUAGUUUAGGUACCCAUUUAAGUAUAAAUUUUAAUAACUUUUUCUAUUUGUUUUCCUUUUUUUUAAAAGAGUUAAAACGUUCAAAUUGAAAUAUUCUUUGUGCCACAUUUUUUGCAAAUACAUUUUAUUAAAAGAACA